UCAAAACUUGGUAAUACGAAAAGAAUUUAGUUGUAAUUCGUGCAGCAUGAACAAACCAGCAGCAAGCAGGAAAACAGAACCGAAGAAAAAACAAAAUGACUUGGUUAGCCAAUAUAUUUGUCCUGUCACCUACAACAACCCGAUGCCGGAUCCUGUGAUCGAUGCCAAGUUCUUGCCGUACGGUAAUAGUUUGCUGGACUUUAUCAAGGAGCCGCCGAUUUUUUCCGAGCAGGAAAGUCACUAUGACUUCCAUUACAAGGGCUUGCAUUUGCUCUUCGAUAUUGAUCUGGUUAAUCAGGAGAAGUACGAUAGCGAUGGCUUUCCGCAGCGCAUGGAUCCUCGUGAUGAGGCCCUUUUGGCUGACAUAAAAGAGCUCGACUGCCACAGUCUACAGUCUAAGCAUCAGGCCGAAAUACAGCAGCAGCAGCAGCAGCGUGAGCGGCAGAAACGGAACUUAAUGGAAAGUCUGGCUGCCAGUCAGCCUAAGCAACCAGAUCUACACAUUUCCAUGCAAACCGAACCGCUAACCAAUGAGCAACAAGUGCAGCUCAUCAAUCAGACAUUUGUGGAUGUCAACGACUCGGCGGCCCAGCAUCCUAUCAAGCCCAUGAGCAAGGCCUAUCCUGUCGAAGUGCUGCCGCUUUUCCCCGACACUGAGCUGUCCAAGUAUGAGUUUGUCUACACACAGUUCGACUUGCCGCCAAACAGCACCACUCGCGGCUUACUGAAGGAUUGCGGCAACCAUAUGAUCCACUUUCAGCCAAAGCUGCAAACGAUUUGCCAACUGUUUGAGGAGGAGGACAAGAAGCCUGUACCCAACAAUGCAAUUUUUUCCUACAUUUCGGAUCAGAAAUACAAGGAGGAUCGCCUUGCGCAUAGCCUGGAGAAGGACCGCUUUAUUUUGCGCGAGCACCAGGGCGUUUUCUUAUAUAAUCAGUGCAAGAAACACAUGAAAUUUCGCAAAGAGCGGCCGCGCCCACAAAAGCAAGAUUACCAGUAUCUAUUGAAAGUCACGCGCCCAAAUAAGGACGGUUCGGAGGCUGUGGAUGACGAGUGAUCAAAAUCGGAAUUGUAAUUAUUUCUAUGCGUUUUACUAAUUGCGUUUUAUUAUAUUACAUUAUUUUAAUUAUAAAUAAAA